AUGAACAGCUGAUUCUCCCGCUGUGGAUAAAACACGAUCACCAUGGUCCCAGCUGAGUCAUGAUUUCUCAUCCCACGCGCGGCACUAUGUGAAUAGUUACUGGAGAAGUAGACAAAGGGAGAAAAAAAAACUACAAGAAAAGAUUGGAAAGAGUGUUUUUGGAGCUUGUUAUAUUUCUUUGGACCUGUUGAUCAUCAGUGUGACAGAGGGACACAGAAACUACCUGCUGCUCUGCUCUGCGCUCACCGACCAUCAAUUAUGUUAUUGUCAAGUUUGCUUCUCUUCACCUUUUCUCACUUUUUGGCGCCUCUGUUUCUGUGUUACCUGCCUCAAGUCUCCGCACAGAAGCCUGGCUCACGGUGGCUGAUUGGAGACAGAGACAAUCACUGCGGGGUCAUCUGCUCACGGACGCAGGGCAAGCCGGUGUGCGGCUCGGACGGGCGGAGCUAUGAGACCGGCUGUGAGCUGCAGAGGGCGCGCUGCAAAGAUAAAACACUGACGCUGGCGCAUCGCGGCCGGUGUCGAGGUAAAAACUGGGUGAAAAUCGAUCAGUUGCCGGUGGCUCCAGCACCAACUUCCACGUCCGAGACCAGAGACCUGGAGCUCAAAGAUGCAGGUCAGUCCAAGUGUCGUGUUGAGAGGAACCAGGCUCUGGAGCAAGCCAGGAGACCUCAGGAGUCCAUGUUUGUCCCAGAAUGCAACGAGGAUGGGACUUUUGCGCAGGUCCAGUGCCAUACUCUGACAGGUUACUGCUGGUGUGUCACCAGUGACGGCAAGCCAGUGAGUGGUUCCUCUGUGCACAACAGGACCCCGGUGUGUUCAGGAAACUUCCGUGAAUUUAUGGGAACUCAUGCUGGGACAAGUGGAUUGUCAGGGUCAGUAACCGAUAGACCACCCGGGCCACCGAACUCUGGUCGAAAAGGAAAGUUCCAGAUGCUACAAAACUGCACAUGGAUGCAACACAAGACAAGUGAGAGACAUGAUAGGGACGACAAUGUGUGUGAGACAAAAAGGAUAGUGCAAAAUUGGACACGGCAGGAGAAGACAAGACCAAUUAAUCGAACAAUCUCUUUCCGUUUCUUUCUCACCCUCAACCCAGACGAUGGCUCCAAGCCCACACCCACCAUGGAGACUCACGUCCCCCCUGAGGGUGAUGAGAUAACCGCUCCAACGCUGUGGAUAAAACAGCUGGUUUAUAAGGAGAAUAAACAGAACAGCUCCACUUCAAGGAAACAAGAGAAAGUUCCCUCUUGUGACCAGGAGCGACAGAGCGCGCUGGACGAGGCUCGGCAGAAUCCUCGUGAGGCCAUUUUCAUCCCAGACUGUGGGCCCGGAGGCCUUUACAAACCGGUCCAGUGCCACCAGUCCACAGGCUACUGCUGGUGUGUUCUGGUGGACACGGGGCGGCCCAUUCCUGGAACCUCCACAAGGUACCAGACGCCGGAGUGUGACGCCGCUGCUCGAUCUCGCAUAUCAGACACUGAAGAUCCCUUCCAAGGCAGAGACCUGACAGGCUGCCCAGAAGGGAAGAAAGUGGAAUUCAUUACAAGCUUGUUAGAUGCCCUCACCACAGACAUGGUGCAAGCCAUAAACUCACCAGCCCCCUCUGGUGGUGGGAGGUUUGUGGAGCCUGAUCCCAGUCACACUUUAGAGGAGAGGGUGGUGCACUGGUAUUUCGCCCAGCUGGAUAACAAUGGCAGCCACGACAUCAACAAGAAGGAGCUCAAGCCGUUUAAGAGGUACCUGAAGAAGAAAGCCAAACCCAAGAAAUGUGCCCGCAAGUUCACCGACUACUGUGACCUGAAUAAGGACAGGGCCAUCUCCCUGCAGGAGCUGAAAGGCUGCCUGGGAGUCAGCAAGGAGGGUAGCUCAACGACAAGUGGCAGCCAAGGGACAAGGCAAGGGACAAAAUUGUUCAUAGGUCGUCUGGUGUGAGAAGAGAAGGAUCGAGAAGCUGAGACGAGAGCAGAGGGCACAGAGGGAAGGCAUCUGUACGCUUGCUGACAGGAAAGAGAAAGAUGGAGUAGAAAAAUUAAGAAGUUCCUGAGUUAAAAAAAAAAAAGUGAACAGAAAAACAAGAAAACGAAGCGGCGCCAAAAUAUUUGCACUUUCUCCUCCCUAUGUUUGACGUUUUAUCUGUUUGUACAUGUGUUGUUUUUUUUCUCUUCAAGUGACUGAAAAGGUCAAUGUAAGAAUGAGAAUAUAUUUGUAAAAAGAUGACAGGCUCACCACUGGAAGAUGUGUAUGUUGCCACAUUUCCCCUUGUGUUUCAGUCUGCUGUUGUGAUUCGUUCUCUCCUCACAUACCAGGAACAGGCACUAACACACAUUUUGUGGCUAUCAAAUUAAACUUACAUUUCCCCUGUUACAUAUAAGAGCACACGGGCCAGUGGUAACUCACUUAAGAGAAGCUCAGUGAGCCCAAAUGCCCAAAUUUUGCUCGUACUAAAAGGAGGAGCUAGACCAGUUUAAAGAAUGUGUAAUGUUGUAUGUGAGCAUGCAAUAUUAAGAGAACGGCAUGUGUUAAAAUCAAAACUGUGACCACGAAGUCUAAUUUAUCAGCACAAAAUUAGCUGAAUGAAUCCCCUUGCACUGUACAGAACGUUCUUGAUACAUUAACAUUUUGGCUCCAGAAUCAGAUCUUUGUGAACAAUGUCUGAGAUAUUUUACGUCUGUAUUUUCUUUAGUGCAUACCAGUGUUGGGGAAAAUAGCUCUAAGUAAGUACUUACUUGUUUACCACACAGAUACUUAGCGGUGUACUUCUUGUACAACCGGAAAACAAUGCAAGACCAUUGUGUUGUAUGUAGUUUUUUGUUAUCAGCACACUUGAGGUUUUCAUUGUUUUUCUACUCUUUUUCUAUCAUGUUUGUGCUAAAACUGAAAUAAUUAUAGUUAAAAACAUUUCAAAAAGAAAACUGAAACAGAUUGUGAGAAUUAAAAAAUGUGCAACAGCUGUCAGUAAUUACAAAAGUAAUGUGAGUACUUUUAAGUCAUGCACCCCCGCCCCCAACACUGGUACAGUACAUUCAAAGUCCUCGCAGUAUACUAACGCAGCUUCACACUGUAGCACACAGCAGGUUUCUACAUGCACGUGGUCGUUUGAACAUAUUAAAGCUGCAUUAAUAGUUUUGGAGAGACACAACUCAACUGUAAUUGCUUUAAAAAUUGUUACGGCUUGCAUGAGUUGUGUCUUUACAGAUGUAGCCAACACAAAGCAAAAUAAUCAUCCUAAAUCCAAUUAAUAGCUCUUUUUUAAGCUCUGUUUUGGUCUACCCCCUACUACUGACAGAAAUAUCUGGUUCUUUAGCUUUUAAAUGCUCAACUAUGUCCACCAGCUAGUGACAAACUAGAUCAUUGGUGCUGAGCAGGUAGCUUCAUGGUCGGUGUAUCGUGGCUUAUUUGUUGAAAAUGGCUUGAUGAGUGCCAAAUUAUAAAGUACAUGUGCCAUAAAAACAAUGAGUUAAUGGUUCUGUAUGUAACUUUCUACAUGUAUUAUUCACAUUAUUGCCAACUGGGGUGAUUAGACUGUAACGUAACUUAAAAAUGGAUACCUUUCCUGACUUCCUGUUACCUCUAAUAGCCCGUGGACUGAUGUUAUGCAUUACCAAGUGCAUUGCCACCUUUCACCUCCUCUAAAGUGUUCAACAGUAGCCAACGUAAGUUAAGAAAUGGAGUCUGCUAACAUCAAAAAAAUGACCGGCACCUACCACAACACAGAGUCCACACAGACAGACAUUCACUUAACGCCAGCGUUUAGCUAAACUUAUGCUGCUAAAACCUCAGAUCUCCAAAACUGCUAGACAGAAGGACCACAAGUCGGCUAGUUUGUGGUCUGAUAAACAGUAAAUUCAACUAAGUCAGUACCUCGUAUCAUAAAUUCAGUGUCCCCUGGUGCUGAAAACAUUCUAGUGGAAACACUGACGGGAAAUAUAUUGUGAUAUUUUGGUUUUAGGUAGCAUUAACUAAUGUUAGCCUGCUUGCUGUUACGGCUGCAUUAGUAGCUAACAUGGCAAAUUGCUGUCUUGAGUGGAUAAUGUGAGCUAAUUUAUCCGGACUCUCAGAGGUGGUCUGCAAAUUACUUUAUGAGCAAUUUUUAUGAAGCCAGACUCAUGUAAUAAAGCUAAGUUACAGCUAGCUGGGCUUACUGUAACCUAAGAUAAGGUUAUCCAGCUAACUGUAACUUAACUACACAGCAAAGAUCUGCAGUUAGUUUCUUCAUAACAUGAGCUAAUGAAUCAAUUCGCAAGCUAGUUAAUAUCAUGGAGACAAUUUAGGAACAUUACAGAUAGUAACGUUAUUAGUCUCGAAUUUGUCAAGUCAACGUUUUGGCCGAUGCCCAGGUGCUCAUUCAGGAUGCUGACUAUAAUCACUUAACAGCCUCAGAGAGAGGCGUCACUCAUGCCAAUUUUCUAAAAAAGUUACAUACAGAACCUUAGAAGAAACUAAAAAGCAGCUGCCGAGUUGGGUAAUAAUCCUCUGAGGGCUCUUCUGUUCAAAGACCCACAGUCCACUGGAUUUAAAGCGGAUGUAUCAAAAAUCUGAAUUAAUGCAGUUUUAAGUUCAAACCACAAUGAAGGCCAUUGGUGUACACAACUCUUUAACUCUGUUGUUCCACAUGUAAGUUUAUGUAAAGUUAGUGUGCCUAGUUUUAUUACUCUACUAAGUUAAUGCUUUUCUACACAAUCAAACCUGAGAAACAGCUAAGAGUGUUUCCAGUAUGUUAAUGUUGAAUUCAGCAUGUUUUUUUAAUUUUUCACAGUGUUUGGUGAUCUUGGGUUUAUCAGGCUCUCCUGGCUACCUUUACAAAUCGCAACAUCAACUAAUUUCUGACAAAGACCCCCUGGUGGGGAUUUAAUUUUUCCGAAACAGAUUUCAGUCCAGAGAAUGACGUUUAAAUAUUCUUAUUAGUCCCAGAAAAAAGAGGUGGCACAGAUGACUAAACCCGACCAGUAAAUGGAGUAAGAUGUUUACAUGGCUCAGUAUCCCGUUAAUAUCAGCCCAUUUCAGAUGUCAUAUUCACGUUUAUCCCACUUAUUGUAAACAAGAUGUGGCAUUUACAAAUGCCAGUUCCUAAAAUAAAUAUUUGAGUCUCCCUAGUACUACCGGAGUACAUUUUGUGUAUGUAAACACAUUCGCUGUCUGUCCUCCAGUGUCCUGCUCUGUGAAACACUUACCACCACACAUACUUGGAGCUUUGCCACCUUAUGCAAGACAAUGCAGUAAGUCUUUUUAAAAUACCCCCCAGGGUGUCGAAUGAAGAGGAAAAUGACAGAGCAGGGAGGAAAAACACUAGAAAAGGACCUUAUGAACACGUUUUGGAAUGUAAAUAAAAUUUUGUCCUCACAUUUGGGAACAAUUGAGUUUGAAAAUUGGAGAAUCAUGAGUUUGCUAUUGUGGUCUGAAUGCUUGUUUUGUAUUUGUUUUGAGUUGUGUAUUUCUUAAGCAUAGUCCCAAGAGUCACUGCAGUGGCUCAUGAACAUGAGACAAAAAAAGGCUCCCAUUGUAAAUAUGUACAAUAACCUUUGUUUGUUUGUUUGUUUUACUAAAUUUCAUUGUGGGGUAUAUGGCUGUUCACUUACUUUGCUUUUCAGUCUGACUUACUGUAAAAAAUAUACACUUUUCUCUGUGUUUACAUCAUGUCAAACAUUAGCCUAUUACAGUAGCUGAUUCACAGUAUUGAAAUGCUUAGACCAGACUGUGUUAUAAGCGCUGAGCACUGUUUAUUUUAUCUGUGGUGGAGUUAUUUGACUAUUACAGCUUGUGUUUUA